UUCAACCCGCAGCACAGACUCAUUUCUCUACACACCAGCUCUGAGUGGAUGCUCAGCAGGGGUGUUGGAGAUAUUAGCGCGCUGUGGGAGGACGGCUCAGGGACUUCUACCAUCCACACACUCCAGAGCCGGCAGUGAGGAGGAAUAUGGGCAAAUCCGAAAGCCAAAUGGAUAUCAUGGAGAAAUCAAGUAAACCUGGAAAGCGUCGUUGGACUGUUGCAGAGAUCGGUCUGUCUGUGCUGCUGCUGUUGGUCAGCUGUGCCUUGGCCGGGCUGGUGGUCCUCUACACAUCGGCUGUGAAAGAACAAUCAAACCGGCCGAGCGUGUCGAGGAGCUCAACAAGUGAAGGCCAGCUGUUUCGCUCCAGCCUCAGCAGCGUGUGCACAACUGCAGACUGUGUUACAGCAGCUGCUCGGCUCUUGCAGAACAUGGACAAGUCUGUGAAGCCUUGUGAUAAUUUCUACCAGUACGCCUGCGGGGGCUGGCUGGAGCGACAUGUCAUCCCGGAGACCAGCUCCCGCCACAGCGUCUUUGACAUUCUGAGGGACAAGCUGGAGAUUGUCCUCAAAGGUGUUCUAGAGACGGGCAGCGGGCAGGACAGAGACGCCAUCAAAAAGGCCAAGAUCCUCUACAGCUCCUGCAUGAAUGACAGCCUCAUCGAGCAGCGCGACUCGCAGCCGCUCCUGAAGCUCAUUGAAAGCAUCGGAGACUGGCCCGUGGCCUCAGAGGACUGGAACAGCACCACAGAGGACGCGUGGAGCCUCGAGGACACACUGGCGACGCUGACGGCUCGUUUCCACAAGAAGGUGAUGCUGGACAUGUACGUGUGGACGGACGACCGGGACUCGCUGCGCCACAUCAUCUAUAUCGACCAGCCAGGACUUGGAAUGCCAUCCAGAGACUAUUACUUCAACGAUGGAAACUACAAAAAGGUUCGAGAGGCCUACCUGCAUUUCAUGGUUUCCAUUGCAAAGAUAACCCGAGAGGACAGGAACCUAACUCAGGAUGACGACCGAGUGUGGGAGGAGAUGAUGCAAGUGCUGGAGCUGGAGACCGACAUCGCCAACGCGACAUCACCGGCAGAGGAGCGCCAAGAUGUCACCGUUCUCUACAACAAGAUGACGCUGGGUGAACUGCAGAACACGUUCAGCCUGAAUGGUUUCAACUGGACACGGUUUAUCCAGGGCGUGCUGUCCAGCGUGUCUGUCGACAUCCAGGUGGAGGAGGAGGUGGUGGUGUACAGCUCCCCCUACCUGGAGAGGAUGAAUGACGUCCUGGCCAGACACAGCGUCAGAACUAUGCAGAACUACCUCACCUGGCAGCUCAUCAUCGACCGAGUCAACAGCUUGAGCCGCCGCUUUAAAGACGCCAGAGCCCGCUACAGAAAGACUCUUUAUGGGACCACCGUGGAGGACGCUUGGUGGCGGGAAUGCGUCCGUUACGUCCAGAGCAGCAUGGAGAACGCAGUCGGAGCUCUGUACGUACGCGAGACGUUUGCAGGAGAAAGCAAACGAAUGGUCAGCGACCUCAUCAGCAAGAUCCAGAAAGCGUACGUAGAAACUCUGGAGGAGCUGAGCUGGAUGGACGCUCCCUCGAAGGAGAAGGCGAGAGAAAAGGCCAUGGCCAUCAAGGAGCACAUCGGUUAUCCAGAUCACAUCCUGCAACGAAGCAACCAGAAGCUGGACCAGGAGUACGCUCAUCUGAAUUUCAGUGAAGAACACUACUUUGAGAACAUCCUGGAAAACCUGAAGUCUGAAGCCCACAAGAGUCUCAAGAAACUCCGAGAGCCUGUUGAUCCUGACCUGUGGAUCAUCGGUGCUGCUGUGGUGAAUGCAUUCUACUCGCCCAACAGGAACCAGAUAGUGUUUCCUGCAGGAAUCCUGCAGCCGCCGUUCUUCAGCAAACAUCAGCACCAAGCCCUCAACUUUGGUGGAAUAGGAAUGGUGAUCGGACAUGAGAUCACACACGGGUUUGAUGACAACGGGCGUAACUUUGACAAGGAUGGUAACAUGCUGAACUGGUGGAGUAAUUACUCUGCGGAGCACUUCAAAGAGCAGUCCCAGUGCAUGGUGCAACAAUACGGCAACUUCAACUGGAAGCUAGCAGGUGGACAAAACGUUAGUGGAAUCAGCACUUUGGGGGAGAACAUUGCAGACAAUGGAGGUGUUCGUCAGGCGUAUAAGGCUUAUCUGAAGUGGGUGGCGAUGGAGGGUGAAGAGCCUCGUCUACCAGGUCUAGACAUGGAUCACAAGCAACUCUUCUUCCUGAACUUUGCCCAAGUGUGGUGUGGUGCUUAUCGGCCCGAGUACGCCAGCCAGUCCAUCAAGACCGACUCUCACAGUCCUCUAGAAUACAGGGUGCUUGGAUCGCUGCAGAAUUUUGAGGCUUUCUCAGAAGCUUUUCAGUGCCAAAAAGGCAGUCCAAUGAACCCUGAGCUGAAGUGCCGUGUCUGGUAGAGCUCCUGAGAUGUUUGUUUUCUUGACAUGGGCAACUCGAAUCAAAAGAACAAGCUGUACUCUUUCAGCCCACAGAGACAUCCUGCUUAUGACUUAUUCCAAUUUGUUGGGGCCGAGUGAUGACACAGACAUUUGCAUAUGAAGUACCGUAGACGUAGAUGCAUUUGACACGGAUGGUAUCUUGGACCUAGUUUCACAACUUGAAGCACAUAAAAAAGAAAAUUUCGUUUCAAGUUUGAGCCGUUGUCUGUGGAUGAGGAGGUCAGCGAGUGGCUCCAUGAAGGAAACAGGCUGGUGAGAAGGUCGAAGCUUCUAAACGCUCUCCAGCCACUGUUGAACUAAUUCAUUUUAAAGUCUCUUCCACAGAUCUUUGUGAUUUAUCCGCUAACAUUCGGCGUCUUUGGUCCGACGUUCUCAACACGUCGCGUCGCUUCAGAGGGAAUAAUAGUGAACAAGUCUUUGGCUGAAGAGUCUGAAGUAAAUGAAAGCUCGGGGCUUUGCUGAAGUAGAGCUACAAUAGAAUUAGUCACGCUCGGAGGCUUCGGUCAUUCACUGUUACGUGAAAACAAAUUACUUAAAGACUUUAAGACUGUUAAAUCUUUGCAGCUUUAACCUUAAAUUAGCAUUAGUGGAGAGCUGCUGCUUUCAGCGUUUUUACAUGUAGAGAGUGGAUAAAUAUUCAGAAUUUACGAAGCUAUGUAGUACUUCUGUUUUAAGUUUCUUUGUUCUGCAAACGAUUGUUCCUCACUGCAGAAAUGUGUCCGUACUUCAUCCAGUUUGCUGUCGGAGAAACCUACUCCAGAUGUGUUGAGACGUCUUGGUGGUCUGCUGCUUUUAGCUCGUGAACCCAGCAGAGUGAUGUGAUGUUGGUAUUAACUGCAUUAUUGGUUCUGACUGCUCCUCUCCUCCUCACACACCACCUGACCCUAAACCCUGACACAGUGUUCAUACUGGGGCGGCGCUAUUAGACCUCCUUACAUGUGCCAUUUGUCAGAUUACACACAUUAAAAGAAAACCUGUGUAUGAUACCUGUAAGUUCACGCUGAAGCCCAACCAGUGCUUGAUCUGUACAGCAGCUGUGCUUUUCUUCCCGAGCUCGAACACACAGCGAUUACGAGACUUUUAGCCUCCGGGCACAGCCAAUUACAUGCUAAGGGGACGGCAGAGGAAAAGCCGUCAGAUGCACUCGCACAUGGACGGGCAGCAGAUGAAGUGGUUUGCCUUCUGAUCCGGCAUUGAUCAGCGUCAUGUAAGAUGAAAGGAGGGCGCGCUGUGUGCCGAGGCGUGGUGACCGAGCGUGGCCGAUCCCCAAAGCCGCAGGCACACAAUGAAGAAUGGGGCUUGUCAUUAGCGAGACGGCCGGGGCCAGGACUGUUAUUUUCUACCUUUAUUAACCAGUAAUGACGGAGAAUCAAAGAGCAGACCUCGUAAAGCGAGGACGGACACACUGGCUGCAGAAAGCCGCCGGUUUUUUUUCGUGCUGGAGAGAAAACCACCAACACACGGCCGGUUGUGAAUGUUUGGUCACAUUUAGGAUGCCUUGGUUACCUGAACACGACUGUUAGGUCUCAACAGAGGCUGCUUGAAUUGAAUGUGCAUACUGAAGCUUUAUACUCAGUCUGUCUCUCAGUCUUCGCAUCUUGGCAAAUACUGUUGUGUUGAGCGGGGGGAGGACAUGUUGGGAGACUGUUUUGCUCAGAAUGUAAAUGCUGAUAUUGUGCUGCCACCUCAAAGCAGACGUUUGGGAAACUCACUGGCUUUCUGGCAGAGAAACAUAAAUCAUUAGAGGAAGUUCUCAUGUCUGUCUUUUACAUAACAAAGCGUAAACCCUGGAUCCGACCGUCGGUUAUAAAAUCCCUGAAGUCCACUACAUUUCCUGUAAAGUACAUUUAUUAAACUGUUUUCCGAGACACGUUGUGGAGACGAGCGUCAUCGCUGUCCGGAUUAUGUGCAGAAGCAGUUAUUUAGUGGGAUGAAGGUUUCUGUGUCGCUGAGAGGACGGACGGCGACGUGAACGAAGUGCAGGACUGAGACGCCAGCGGUUGAGGUUGCACAAUGAAAGUCUGUGGUUUUGGUUUAUUGGUAGUUAAAUGAAAGUGUCUGAAAUCACUGUGGGUUGUUCCUGACAUGAACCAGACCUCGAUUAGCGACAGCAGAGCAACAAACAGGAAUCAAAGAGACGCAGAUAGAUAUUUCAGUGACAAGAGGCAAAGUUUAGAGGGAAGGGAAUCACAAACAGGAAGAGAAGCAGCAUGUAGGACAGCCUGGCUAACGGGGAUGGGGAUCGGGUGGAAAGGCCGAGGUUAGCGCAAGGCAGGAUCUGAAUCAGCAGCAGGGUUGGUGAUCGAACCAACUCCUAACCGAACAGCGAGGACAGUUGCCCUCCACUCAUUCCUCUCCGUUGACUCAGCGUGAGAGAUGGAUCGUCUCGGGUUCUUCUGGGACGUCUGGUUUGGUGUUUUCGGAGCCAGAGCUGGAGUGAAGUUCAGCCCAAAAAACAUCCUGGCUGGUCUUCAGGUUUUGGCAGAGAGGAUGUGCUCCAGCUUCCAAAACCAAAAACAGACAAUCACUGUCUCCGUUCGCUUCGGGGCGAACUUGAAAAGUUUAGUUUGCUGGCGUCAGAGUUUAUUUGUGCAAGCUGGAAAAAGAAGAGCGACCGAAUCCAUUCCCACAUCUGGAGCAGUUCGGGUCAGUCGUGGCGAGGACGGGAGUCGACUUUAGCUCCUCGAUCGCCUGAACUUCAACCUCGUACAGAUCUAGGUAGCAUAGAAUCAUGAUCACGCAGGAGCAGCAGGAGUCUUCAUGGUGUUAGAGUCUUUCUGAGCAGUGUUUGGUGUCGUCGUGGGUUGCCUUCGUGUGCUGUUGGGUUCGAGGGCUAGCAGUUCCCCCUGGUGUCUUUGUGCUAAGCUAAGCUAAGCUAAUCCUCUUCCCAUUCAACAAACAGCUGUAAUCAGGGUUCCUUUGACUCCCUGCCAGAAAGCAGAGAAUUUCCUCAAAUGUCAGACUGUUGCUUUGAACUAAAAGGCCAGUUUAUCCCGCCAGGUUCAAAGAGGCGCUGAAGGCUACAUCAGAAGCUAAACGUUGGGCCGCCGUUACGAGAGCAACAGUUGAGAAACGUGUAUAUUCUGUCUGGUUUCCCCUCAAAAAACAAAAAACAAAAAGAGUGCAACAGUCCAGAGUUGUUACCACCGAGGGUACGAACAGUGAAAUGUGUUUUUGUAGAUACUUGAUGUUCUACGCUGCAGAAAAUCUGAUUAAAAAAAAGACAGAACAGCGUGUGUUUCUUACCUUAGAUUUAGCUACAGAUUUACUGAAAUAGUGAAAUCGUGUCGUUUUAAAAUUACCAGCCAAGUACAAACACACUUACUUUAUUUCCUUUGCUCUAUGAACAUGUUUGAUCUGUAAACCCACCAGAGGAGUUUAUUUAUCUAAAUGAAUAUUUAUGAAAUAACGUCGUCGCUUCGCCAGAAUUCAGAUGUUCAAGAUGUUUUAUGAAUGUUCCUGCUGCUAUGUAAUUAUCUAGACUGCUAUUUUUGUGACUCAGAUCUGUAAUUAUUGCCAUUAAAGUGACUGUCUCAACCAAC